CGCAUCUGGGGCACCCGCCGACACCAUGCCGCAGAAAGUCGUCGACACGCCCUAUCCACUCAUCGACGCUGACCCUCAUGCGUCCCGCGUAAUCCGCUACAUGCGCCCGUCCGACCUCGGGGUCUGGGCUGCUGCCACCGGCGCGUUCCCUGCUGCCUUGUACUUCUGGGACAUGGCAGAUCCUACUAAGUUCAAGCUACGGACACAUCUCCGUCUCGGCGGCCUGCUCGGAUUCGUAGGUGGAUUCCUCAUGGCGUACCAACGGUCAAGCCUCCGCUUCUGGGGCUGGACUGAGAACAAGCGUGAGGAAGCGCUUGACCACGAGGAACUGACCGCUCGUGCCCAGCAAGGCUUGCCGCUGUAUGGGGAGUCCUCCCAGCCAGGGUGGGUCCAGACCGCUGCAUACAGGAACUCUGUAUUCUCGCAACUGAAGUUCGGUACUUUCCCCAUGUUCAACCUGGUUGAUCACCCACACCAUGGCACGGACCCGGAGAAGUACAAGCCUGAUUCGUCAUAGACGUGAUCCACGCUGUGGUCCUCACUUUACAAUCCAUACUUUCAUCUUCUUUCGCCAAUGUUCAGUAAGGGAUUUGUUUGACAGUCGCUCUGAUCGGUAGGAA